AUGCCUGCAGGUGUUCACAGCUGUAAGCUGGGAGGAAGGAAUGAUAAAACCAACAUGGGUAUCUUUACUUCGAAGUAUGUCUUCAGUUCUAUUCUCAUGGGUAUUACUCCCUCUACCCCACGGCAUCAGGUUGAAGGUGCACUGACUCUAUCUCAGCUAAACCUAUUGUUAGAGAAUGUGGGCAUUGCUGUAGUGUCAACUGUUAUGAGGGAUACCGAACUCAGAGCACGAGGAUUACAUCUCCCCCUGGCUUACCUUGCUUUCUACGUCCUCUGGUCCUUGGCGGUCAUCUUCCUCUUCUUGCUGGUCUGUUGCAGAUUGAAUGGUAUAAUAAACAGCAGCCAAGAUCCGGCUGCUCGGCCGGAGAGAUCAUCGGGUGUCGACAACAAACUUAUUGCUUCUCUGCCCUUAUGCACUUUCUCGUUGUUGAGGGGAUCGAGCUUAGGCCUCGAUUGCUCCAUUUGUCUUGCGAAAUUUGCAGAUAUGGAUGUUCUUCAUGUUCUGCCCAAGUGCAGGCAUGCUUUCCAUGUAACUUGUAUAGAUGCAUGGCUUGAGAAGCAAUCGAGCUGCCCAUUAUGCCGCGAAAAGGUCGAAGAAGAAGACAUCUCCAACUUUGCAUCGUCUUCCACCAUAAUUUGUUCUAGCAAUAUGCAAGGUUCUGUGGAAGAAACGAACACAAAAGUGGCCCUUCAUGGAGAGGUCGAGAUAACUAGUGAUCAUCCACCAGUGACACCAAAUGCUGAGCAUAGUUGCUCCAAGAAGAAGGAUGAUGAAGAUGGUGCAAGAUCGGUUGAAAGAGUUGAACAUGUUAUCACCAUUCAGGCGCAGUAAGCAAGCCUCUUCAAUAAGAAUUGUGUCAAAGGGGACUCCCAAACAUCCGAUAGAGAAGAUGAAGACAUGUUGUGAAGAAAAUAAAGAUAUUUUCUGUGGAACUUCUGACUUGUGAUUGUUUGACAUAUGUAGAUGACGAAGGGGUUGGAAUUUGACAUGGCCGUUAACCGAAUGGUAUAUGGAACUUUUUCUUUUUUAAAGGAGUUGGUAACAGAAUGAUUCGUUUCAGGAGUCAUAUAAAUUAAACA